AUGCAGCAAAAGGUGGUGUUGAAGGUGGCUAUGAAGUGCCAAAAAUGCAGGACUGAGGCCCUCAAGGUGGCUGCAAAACAAGAGGGUGUCAGCUUUGUUGGAUUUGAAGGGGAAGAGAAAGAAAAAGUGGUGGUGAUUGGAGAUGGAGUUGAUGCUGUCAAGUUGACUACCAACUUGAGGAAGAAGGUUGGACAUACCCAAAUUAUCAGUUUGGCUCCGGAGAAGUAAAGUAAUGACAUCCAGCCCAUUGGUUUCGAUCGGAGUUGCUAAUUGCCUCCCCAAAAAUCACGGGCCACUGGGAGAAUACUAAUAAUUAUAGAAUAGAAAGCUUUAUUUUUCUUUCUUCGCUUGUUGCAUUUUUGUGUUGAGAAUGAGAAAUUUCACAAAUUUCUGUUUUAGACACUGAAUUUUCUUUUGUAUCAGAUUAGCUUUGGUAUAAUUUAAUCAUCUAAUUCUGAUUUGUUGGAGAUAUAUUGCUUUAGUUUCCUUUUCUUUUUAUCCUUUCAACCUGUGAUUGUUUAAGGAGAAAAAAAUUAGAAAUCAAAUUGCAGCUAA